CACUCAGUCGAUUCUCAGCAACGAGCGCUGGUGCCGGUCGUCUAACCGUUACAGCAUCAGCCGCGCGGAACGCGUUCUUAAUUCAAAAUUUAAAAAUAAAAUCUUUGACAUUCGCGUGCCUUGUAAAGAAAGACAAAACGAAUAACCACCAAAGAUAGUGUAGUGCUUUAACCCAAAUUUCUUGUGACGAAAGGUCGACAAAAAAUAACGAAUAGAGAUUUUCGAGUGCAAGUGCGUGCUGCCAUAAAACCUUAUAAGAGUUAUGAUAAGAUAUUAAAUAUUAUAGAAGAUACAUUUUACAAACAUGUCGCAAACUCAAGAAUAUACCAAUGGCAUGAGACCGGGACCUUUGACAAAAGAGAUACCAGAAUGCAUGAGGAAUAAGUAUACAAUGGUACAAGCGAUUUUCGACCUUAUUGUAAUAUUGAUAACAGUCGUCGGGUACUUAUUUCAAGGAAUAUACAGAUCGAUUAUUGGACAUCCAAAGAAGGAUUUAAAUGGACGUAUUGCGUUGAUCACAGGGGGCGGCGGAGGACUUGGCAGUCUACUCGCUUUGAGGCUAGCGAGGUUAGGCUGUGUUAUUGUGCUGUUGGAUAUUAACCAAAAAGGUCUAGAAGAUACCGUUAAGUUAGUGAAGGGGAUUGGUGGGACAUGCUUCGGAUACGUCGUGGACUUAGCAGCAAGAGAUGACAUUUAUAGAGUGGCCAAGAAAGUGAAAGAGGAUGUUGGAAAAGUUUCACUUCUCAUAAACAACGCCGGUGUGGUCUCUGGUCAAUAUUUACUGGACACUCCGGACCAUCUCAUCCAGAGGACGUUUGAUGUCAACAUCCUCGCUCACUUCUGGACAGUCAAAGCCUUCUUGCCCGAUAUGAUACUGAGCAACGAUGGCCAUAUUGUCACAAUUGCUUCGAUGGCCGGUCACGUGGGCGUCCCCAAGCUAGUUGACUAUUGUGCAUCGAAAUCGGCGGCCUGCGGGUUCGAUGAAGCCUUGAAAUUGGAGUUGGAAUCCAAGGGUGUCAGCGGUGUAUACACCUCGUUAAUUUGCCCGUAUUUUAUCCGAGCUACGGGAAUGUUUGAAGAAGUUCAAGCAAGGAUCGUGCCUCAGCUGAACUCGAACGACGUGGCCGACCGCGUGGUGUACGCGAUCAGAACCAACGAGCACAUGGCCGUCAUACCAGCCUAUUUCAGGCUGCUUGUACCAUUCAAGUGGAUCGUCCCAUGGAAAUGUGUAUCAGAAAUGAUUCGCGGCUUAGUUCCCGACGCAAUGCCAGCCCUUAUGCGGAUGCCACAAAAUAAACAGAAGGCAGGAAUAUCGGUGUUGGAGAAGGAUGACUCUAGGCCCAUGUCGGUGACGCCACCGCUGAGAGACGACCGCCGCGUAUGACGACCACCAUACGUUCAAUCUUUAUCGUGCCUUUGUGUGUUUUGGUUAUUGAUGGAAACCUGAGCUACACAAUAUGUGAAACAUUGACUACAUUAAUCAUCAAGAAUAUAUCAAUUUUCCUGCAUUUUUUCAGGGGUUUUGAUACAUACAUUUUAUAGGUUUCAAUAUCGUUCGCAUAGAAUCUAUACUUAAAUAUACAUCAAAGAUUUUCGUAACUUUUUGAAAAUAGUAAAAAUGAUACAAAAUCUAAUGUAUUGCUGUAGUCUUAAAUUUAUAUCACACCGACACCAAGUGUUGGAAGUAUGGGGGAUCAUAAUAAUUAAUAACAGUUUAAUUAUAGUGGGAGUAGUUUUAAUUAAAUUAAAUUUUGAGGAGGUUUUUAGCCAUUUUGAAUAUUGGGUAUUGAUCAAAUAUUGUCCUUAAUUUUUACUUAAUUAUUAUAUAUGUCCAUAUUUAUAAGAUUCGUUUUUAUACUACAUGUUAAGAUAAUUUUUCAUUAUUAAUGCAACUUUUCAAAUAUUAUCACAAUUCACCAACGCAGACCUACUGGCUUGAAAUCGAAAUUGCAAUGCAGUUUGACCUCCAUUUUGCUUACUAAUUAAUUGCGGAAUAUUUUUGCAUUAAGAUUCCGCGCACAUUAAUGCAAAAACUUUUAAAUAAAUGCUUUCGUGUUUUAAUAAUGUAAUGGGACAUAACACAAAUUAUUCCCUGAAUCUCCGAGCAUUUCGAGAUAACUGUGCAUGACGAAUGCUUGAUUGAUCGUCUGUCAGCCGCUUUAGUUUGAAUUUUACGAAUAUCCUUCCACAGGAUAUUGCCAUAAAACAGUUGGUCUAUUGUCAAAUCCAUUAAUCGCUAACAUUUUAGUAAUAAUAUGUAUCCAACAUUUUACGUUUAUGACAUAACUAAAUAACAAUUAUUAAAAUUUUACUGAAAGCGUUUUGUUAUGAGGAAAGUUGGACAAUUUUGUACGGUUAAAAGAUAUUUAUUGAAGGGAUUCAUAAGCUUUUAGAAAUAAUAACAGUAAACACUUGAGAUUGUAACUAUUAUAAUAUUAGAGUUUUAUAUGCAGCUGAUUCUAAAAUAUUAUGUUUUCACGGGACUCUUGGCUGAUUUGAACAUCGGAACUAUUUCGUAUAGAUAAUAAAUGAUUUAUAAAAUAUGGCAUAAAAUCUUAAUAAACAUAACAUUGGAGAGUUGACAUUAAAAUAUUUUAUAAUAUGUACAUUCAGGUUAAAACAAUUUUCAAUAAUAAAUAAUAUUAUUUUUAUUGAUAAUAAUGAAUAUUUAUUUAAUUCUAUUCAAUGACGUUCAAUACAAUGGAGGGUCACAUAAUUCGCAGUCUGAUAAUGGAACGGCAAAAGAGUGCUUAUAGACACUUUUAUCCUUAGUCACAUGUCAACUGUCACUCUGUCACUGUCAGAAUUGAGUUUUAAAUUCAAUGUACGUAGCCUAAACUAUUGCUAAGCAGUGGCUAGUGCGAUUAGUUUAUUAUAGUGUAAAUUGUGGCAUGUUCCAUAUUAUAUCGGCUAUGGUUUUAUACGACGUGAUUUACCUAUGUGUACAGAACGUCAUUGAUCCUAUUGAGUAUUAAAAUUUACAAUUAUAUUUAAAGACACAAACGUCUCAAUGCAGUUGCAAAAUAAUCUGUUCAUCUAACCGGCUGUGUUGGAUGUUCCAUAUCAUAAAGGUAAAGGAUCGCAUUGCAGCAAUAGAACUGCAUUUAAAUCAACAAAUCUUUAAUAAUGCUUAUAAAUUUUUUGUUAAUGUAGACCUUAGUAUAGAUACAGGUAUUGAUUACAUUGUUACUGGUUGUACUGAGUAACAUACAUACAAUUAUAACCAAAAUAUUUGUAAUUUAUUCUGGUGUGACCAGAAAAUAUUGCCUUAAUCUUAAGAUUUAUGUAACACUGACAAGACUUCAUCAUGACUGGUUACUGGUACACUGCUACAGAUAACGCAUGAGUUGAAUGCAGAAUGCGAUAGUGUUGUGACCUAAUUAUAACUGAUGACGAUAUUCAUGAGUGUGUCGAUAAAUUUAAUAAUUAAAUCACAAAUUUUUGUUCUGCCUUUCUGCAACACACAACAAACAUUUUUCGCCAUUUCUCGUGCUUGGCCAAGGACUAAUGCUCAGGUUACAUUCCAAAUAAAACGAUUUUUUUUAACGGAACCUGAGCAUUGGCCUUGGAGCCUUGGAAUUUGAUGGACUCGGAUCAGUCAUUAUUAAAAUAAAAAAAAAUAACACGGGCUCGCAACUUUAGUAUUAACGCUAUAACACGGUAAGCGACAACUACGACACAACACUACACUGUAGGCGCGUGAGGUGAGACGUGCGGUCAGCGGGGGGAGAUGCUCCCGCUCUUCACCCCAGGCCCCGACUGCAUUCAACUCGUGCGCUAACUGUAACUACAAUGUUAUGGCUUCUAGUGAAUUUCUUCCACGUAAAAUGCUAUUUGUACUACCCAGGUGCUAUAAAGCGUAGUUGAGACUGAUAUCGCUUACCAUCUUAAAACUGCCCGCAAUUUUGACAUCCUAAUAUAUAAAAAAUGUGGCCCAGUUAUACGGAAAAUUGGUGCGGCCAUUAUGAGCACAGAUAAGUUCAAAAGUUGCAAACAGUACCAUCACCUACAGCGCUGUAAGCACUUCCUAAAACUAUUUAUCAUAUUCAAUAAAAACUCAUAUGGAAUGCUUUAUCGUUGGUCUUUGGAGAAUACAAAUAAUUACAUAUCACAUCUAUUUUACCACAUGUUCUUUUAUGUACAUAUAUUUUAUUAUUCUUAUUAAUGUACUUUUAUGGAAUACAAAUAUCUUAACACUAGUUCGUGUAUAUUCACAUUUCCUUGCUUGUAUUAGUGUAUGGAGAACUUAAAUAUAUAAUUCACCAUUUUCUUUAGAUAUAAAUUAUGGUACUGGGCUAAAAUCAUUGAGGUAAUAUGUACCAUCGACAAAAUUGAUUCAAGACCCACUUUGCUGACAAUUCUUUUAAAAUAAUAAUAACAGUUGGGUUUAUAUUUGCAUGAAAAAGAUUGUAUGACAUUAGGUGGACUGUCAGUGUGUAAUAAAAUGAUAACAGUUACUUAGAGGAAAUGUAUGUUCAAGCGAAUUUCGACCUACUUGUUUUUUGUGACUGUCGCCGUUUGAAUUAUUUUUGGGAGCCUAUUCUUAAGCUGGGACACGAUUCAAUUUUGUCGAUAGUACUAUACUUCUCUAGUAGAGAAGAUAUUCCGAAUUGGACGCAACUUCAUCACACCGUACAAAGAGGCGCGCCACAGAACACUUUAACGGGCUUACAAAUAAAAUUGCCAUAAAGUUAUAACUAAUCAUAAACCAAGAAAAUGCAAAAUGUUUACAAAUAGACAUUUUGCUUACGAUUGGUUUAUUCGGACGUAUAACGUUUCCCGCGUUUAUUUACAAGGCAGCUUGUCAUUCCGAAAACUUCAGAAUUGUCAUUGUAUUGACAGUGUUGUCAGCGAUAUUGUAAACAUUUUGCAUAUUCUUUGUUUAUGCUUAGUUAUAACUUUAUACCAAGUUUAUUUGUAAGGCCGUAAAUAUAUAAGUUGCUUGUUGUCACCCUGAUAACGUGUGGUCAAGGAUUAUAUUAACAAAAAAAAAUUCAAUUUAACGUGAUUUAAAGAUAAUGUUGAACUUACUGGGGAAAGGUCAAUUGAUGACUCUUAUUUGUCUUUUAAGAUAACUUUUAAAACGUCAACUAUUUAAAUAACGUAGUAGCUACAUAUCUGAAUAUGCACAAUGCCGUGAUAUGUUAAACAAAAUCUAGCAUUCAAAUGUGUGAGUUGGCGACAGCUGCCCAUAACUCGUGUUACAAACAAUAGUCACUGACCUGUAUAAAUACCACUGGACAGGCUGUUCUAUAUUUUUGACAGAAAAAAAAUUAUGCCUAUUUGAAGCGCCACUCGCGAGCGUUCAGAGAACUAAUUUUGACGUAUAAUACAAAUGGCUGCGAGAGAAACGUACAAUACUCUGAAGUAUUUUUGCAUUUUGAAUUAAUUUUGUUCGUUUUCCGUGUUAUUUAUACUUCAGGAAACAACGUAAUAAAGAACACAAUUUCUUUUGUAAAUAGUUUUCCUAUUCAUGUUUGUUAAGCUGCGGUUGUCAUCACUAGUUUUAGUUCUGCAGACUCUCGCUACAUGGCCAACAGCGCCAAAAUGGCGAAUAUCAAACACGCACAGAAGCACUUUGACAGCCGCCAGUCCAGAGGUAAAUAGUAGAGGUCAGUGACAAUAGUACGUCAUAAUAUUGCCUCAAUGGCUGAGUUAUCAUUGUAGCUUGUUUUUGUUAAUAUUUCAACAUCAAUAAGUUACACUAAUUAGUUAAUGUGGUAUUUAGUCAUGAUAAGUUUAAAAUAGGGUACGAUGUGAUUUCUAGUUGAAUAUUGUAGGUAUAUACGUAAUUUUAUUGUUUUUCUAAUGUACACAUAGAUUUUUGUCGUACAAAAUUUAAUAUAAAUUCAACAGUAAAGUUACCGUCACUUCUUUCUAACAGUGGAAUCUUUAGGCGUUUUUUUUUUAAAUUUGAUAGCUAUAUCGUGAUAUGUAUAUUAUACUCAAAAAGCCAGCGCUGAAUAGACACGUUUUAUUUGUGACGACCCAUAUAGCCGAAUGGUUAGUGACCCUGACUACUAAGCUAGAGGUCCCGGGUUCAAAUCCCGGUAGGUGCAAUCAUUUAUAUGAUGAAUAUGGAUGUUUGUUUCCGAGUCAUGGAUGUUUAUAUGUAUUUAUGUAUGUUUAAGUAAGUAUAUCGUAUUAAAUAUAUCGUUGUCUUGCACCCAUAGUACAGGCUAUGCCUAGUUUGGGGCAAGGUAAUUUGUGUAAGUGUGUCAAUAUAUAUAUAUUAUAUUAUUUCAACAAUUUGAUAGAUGCCUGUCAAUAUAAAAACCAGCGUGGUAAAUAUGGUGGCUAGGUGAAGGUACUCAUGCAUUUAGGUUUAAUUUCGUGUUGUAGUUUUAGUAGAUAUUAAAUAUAUUUACAAGAACCCCGAUAAUAAUCUAAUAUCUAAUGAUUACUUUCGUCUCCAAGACUCCAGUUCGGGACUUGGCUCAUUAAAUACCUCUUAAUUAUUAUUAAGUUUAUUAACUCAGGUUGCGGUUACUUACGUUUUACAUUGCUCAAGUUAUUAACGAUGGUAUAAUUGCAAUGGAGUAAGUAAGAUCAAAUUAUAUAUGUCUUCCGUGUUAGAUUAAUAAGAGCUGGAAAUGUUCAUUGAUGUCUUUUUGAAUACAUAUUAUGUUUUUACUCAGACCUAAUAAUCAUGUUCUAAAUUUUAAUAAAUUUUCUGUGGAUGCCUUAUUUUUCAGUGUUCGACUCUUUCGACAUGUGUCUUAUUUAGUUCAAGAAAUCGUAAAGAAAAGUUUAAUGUACUAUGUUUAAUUUAUACUAUGAGAAUUUAAAUAAUUUUUUGCAAGAAGUCUUUCUAUAUAGAAAUAUAGAAAUACUUGGUUCUCAGACGAAAACAGAUACAUGUCGGAAUAAACAAGAAAACGAUAAAAACUUUUGUAAUAUUUGGCAGUAGGUAUUAUAUUAACGGUUGGAUGAUAAAAACCAUUGUACCUUGACAUCAUAUAAAAAUCUAUUUUUAUGCACGGACCAGUAAAAAAAUAAGGUCUCCGUGUCACCUUACGUAACAGUGUAGCACCAAAACAAGCCGAUUAACGUGUAAAUACAUAGCCCCACGCACACACUUACACUACGAUAGGCCGAUAGGCGGCCAUUAUGAGAAUUGUCAUCAUUUGUGAUAGAUCAGUUUGCGUCUCAAUAAAAUAUUUUAAAAAUUCGUGCCUUGUGAAAAUGUGUAAAAACGAUACAAAAUAAGUAUUUCUCGCCAUAUAUGAUGAUUUAAGGGAGAAAAAAUUGUGUAACUAGUAUCCCCCGUAACUACACACACACUAGUAUAACGGUGCUUUACUUGCUAAUAUCACGGCGCGGAGUCCUUAUUUUUAUACUCGUCCGUGUUUGUAUGUAACAUAUUUUUGUAAUACGAAUGUGAUAAAGAAAGUAAGUACUUAUCGAAAAAUAUUUUUAUAACUCUAACAAUAAAACAAUCAAAAAUAAA